AUGGCAAUUUGCCAAAAAAUAAACUUUGGAACAUAUGAUAAUUACAUUCCAGUCAGUGAAUUAAGCAAAAAAUCAUGGAAUCAGGAACACUUUGCCCUGGUAUUUCCCAAACCACCACGGCAGAAAAAAAAGGAGAUCCACAAACCAUCUCAACUACGAGACAAUACAGCUCUGUGAAAAUAUGAUGAAGAGAAAUUAAGAGAAGGUCCUAAACGACCGUUAUGGAUUGCACAGUCUUUAAUGAGAAUUUCUGAAAGACCAUCUGAUUAUUUAGCUGCCAGGAUAUGGCCCCAACAUAAACCAACCCAUCACCCCAAGGAGGUUGCUAAAGUAGCAGAUGUACACAAACCUGUAUCUCCAGCAAGAGGUAAGAAAGAUAAAGAACACAAGAAAGCAGACAAGAAAGACAAAUCAGAAUCAGAAUCAGAAUCCACAGUUUCAAAGGGAAAGAAAGAUUCAAAGAAGGGUAAGGAGUCAGGUACAGAAUCUGAAGGUGAAAAGAAAGAUGCCAAGAAAGGUGCCAAGAAAGAAAAGAAAGAUUCAAGGAAAGGAAAAGACUCAAAGGACAAAGAGUCAGGUACAGAAUCUGAAGGUGAAAAGAAGGAUGCCAAGAAAGAAAAGAAAGAUUCAAAAAAGGGCAAGGAGUCAGGUACAGAAUCUGAAGGUGAAAAAAAGAAUUCAAAGAAAGAUGCCAAGAAAGAUAAGAAAGAUUCAAAGAAGAGCAAAGAAUCAAGUAUAGAAUCUGAAGAUGAAAAGAAGGGUGCCAAGAAGGAUAAGGAUGGGAAAGAUUCAAAGAAACCGGGAGAAAAAGAUGAUGAGUCAAAAGACAAGAAAGAAUCCAAGAAAGAUGCAAAGAGAAAGGUGAGUAAAAAAGAGAAGAAAGAUGAAAAGCCCAGUGGGACAGAUAUUGAAUCAAAAGAUGAUGCCAAGAAAGAUGCCAAGAAGAAUGCCAAGAAAGAUGCCAAGAAAGAUGCCAAGAAAGAUACUGACACAGAAUCUCCUGAUGCAAAGAAGGAUGCAAAGAAGGAUACAAAGGAUGCAAAGAAGGAUACAAAGGAUGCAAAGAAGGAUGCAAAGAAGGAUGCAAAGGCAAAGAAAGACAAGUAG